AUGAACAGUAGUUCAGGAGUAGGGGCUCUAGGUGCAAGCUCUUUAGCUCCGCACUCAGCUGCCUUCCCUCUUUCUCCAUUUCCUGGAUUCCCUUCUUCUUUUGAGUCCGAAUGCCGAUAUGGUCAGAUAGGUGGACAGACAGUAAACGGCUCUUAUAACACAACUUCUGGGCUGCAAUGUUACCUCAGAGACUCCAAUUGCCUUGCUGGAACGUUCUCAGCCCUUAGGCCCGAUCUAAUCUUUUUGAGUCAGACGUCAGUUUUAGCCGAACUUAUUUCCACUUCACGCGAAAUCCGUACUCAAGGAUCCUCUGGACAUUCGGCAAGCCGACUGCUGGCCGGAGCAGAGGAGCCUGCAUUUUCUUGGUCGCCCAGCCUCCCACAAUCUGGUGGGGAAACUGGAGCUGAAUCCGUACAACCAGUAAUUCAAGCUUGCCAGAAAUUUGGUAACACUGGCCAUUCCGUCCGACUGCCCUCUCCACUGGCAUUCUACACACACCAAGCCAAUUUACUUAACACCUUGGGCCGGCUACAGCGUGACGUGGCAACUGUGCCCCGACCGGAGAAUCAAUUUGUCAAUUUAGUCUGUAAUGUCAACCCCAUAAAAAUGACUAAAAAUGGUCAGUCCCUUUUAUCACGCAGAUAG